AUGGAGACUUGGAUGUCCUAUGCUUUCGCAUGGCUUGCCACUGUAUCCCUUAUCCUGCUAGCCAGCCGUUUCCGCCGCCGCAAACUCAACUACCCACCAGGCCCAAAACCCUGGCCCAUAAUUGGAAACCUCAACCUCAUAGGCGAACUUCCCCACCGUUCCCUCCAUGCCCUCUCCCAAAAAUAUGGCCCUCUUAUGCAGGUCCAAUUUGGAUCAUUCCCAGUUGUUGUUGGCUCUUCUGUUGAAAUGGCCAGAACCAUCCUCAAAACCCAUGAUGUUGUCUUCUCUGGCCGCCCCAAAACAGCUGCUGGCAAAUACACCACCUAUAAUUACUCAGAUAUUACGUGGUCUCCAUAUGGUCCAUAUUGGCGUCAAGCACGUAAAAUGUGCUUAAUGGAACUCUUUAGUGCUAAGCGGCUUGAGUCGUACGAGUACAUUCGUGUAGAGGAGUUGAAAGCACUCCUUAAAUCUCUUCACAAAUCAAGUGGCGGGCCUAUCAAUCUGAAAGAUCACCUUACGGACGUGAGUCUUAACGUAAUUAGUCGUAUGGUCUUGGGUAAAAAAUACACCGUUAAGAGUUCUGAACAUGAGAAGGAGAUAGUAACACCGGAGGAGUUCAAAGAAAUGCUUGAUGAGUUGUUCUUGCUUAAUGGGGUGUUGGAUAUAGGGGACUCGAUCCCUUGGAUUGCUUUCUUGGAUUUGCAAGGGUACAUCAAGAGGAUGAAAGUUUUGUCCAAGAAGUUUGACAAGUUUAUGGAGCAUGUAUUGGAUGAGCAUGAAGCUAGGAGAAAGGCAGAAGACAAGAAUUGGGAGCCCAAGGAUAUGGUUGAUGUCCUUUUGCAGCUUGCUUCUGAUCCUAAUCUUGAGGUCAAGCUUGAAAGGCACGGUGUCAAGGCAUUUUCACAGGACUUGAUUGCCGGUGGAACUGAAAGCUCUGCAGUGACCGUGGAAUGGGCAAUGUCAGAGAUGUUGAAAAAGCCAGAAAUUUUUGAGAAAGCAGCCGAAGAGCUAGAUAGGAAGGAGGACUUGAGUAUGGAGGAAAUUUUUGGGCUCUCUACACCGAAAAAAUACCCACUUUUUGCUGUUGCCGAGCCUCGUCUUCCAGCUCACGUUUACCCCAAGUGA